AUGAUUGUUACACUGGAGUACGCACCAAUCGUCAAAAUUGACCUCGACAAAGUUACUCUAAAGGAUGAUGACUGCCCAUUGUCUGAAUACGGGUCUCUUAACAAUACACACUUAAUGAUGAACACUCCGCUUGAUUCGUGCAAGACUAACUACACCGCCGAAGGAGACACAAUCACUUAUCAAAAUAGCCUGAUAGUUAAGAGCCGUGAUGAAGGCGGCGAAGACAGCGAAGGGAUUUCCAGAGAGUUUACCACAGAGUUUAUAUUCACAUGCUCCUAUCCCAGUUCCGCUUUGGUGUCUGUCGUCAACUUCUCUCCACGCGAGAAAGUUAUCUACACCAAGACAGGUAAAGAACUUGAAAUUGUAUUUAAUACCUUACUGAUAGAGGAAGUGAACUUAAAGUGGCUAUGUCACGAUGAUAUUCCUGUUGUUGGUCAAUAGGCCCUUUGCAGCCAGAGGUCACGUGCUUGGAUACCACCUAGCAACACGAAAUUCCGUGCUGAAAUCAUUACUGAAAAUGCUCCUGUAAAGUUAUGAACUUCAUCAGGGAGCACAAACCAUAAUAAUUUUUUAGAGAUUUUUGCGGGCAUAGCAUCAAAACUUGGAAAAAUUGGCCCAACUUUUCCUAGUUUCAAUCAAUGUCCAUCUUUGACAUCCUUUAAAACAGACGACAGGAAACAGUUUCAAUACCUAAAUAUAGCGUUGAGUUACAAAACUGGACCAAAAUUUUUGGAAUUCAACGUAUGCAAACAAAAGUUUUAGCUUUUAAAAAAGAUAGCAAAUAUCUUGACAUAGCUCUUAACUGUGUGCUCCAGAUAGUCUUCCAGUUCACAUAAUUUCAAAAGUCCAUUACUAAGACCGAAAGAAAAUCCAGUUUGGUUAUUGUACUGAGAAACAACUCCAGCUAUGGUUAGGUCACCCCUAGACAAGGGACUUUAAAAUCACCUGUUCGGUGCCCUAACAAAGCGACCAAGACUUAAUGACAACUCAUAAAUUGUGCUUGUUACUGACUCUCUUUGGAAAGGAGUUAUCCACAGAUUCAAACGGUAGUAAACCCAAUUUUGCAAUAGCUUUCAUUUGAUUGGUUACACUUCAGGAGUUUAUCCACAGACCUCAAGUACUGCUCAGUAGGUUAAUGUCCAAUCACAAUUCUUCACCAAAAGACACUUAAAGAGCAAGAACCACCUCUUUGGCUUUUGGCUUAGAAUUCAAAAGUACCUUAAAAAAUUAUUUAUUCUACCUGAAGACGAACUCCUUAUGAACUCUUUUGAGUGUAAUAAAAAGAAGGCAUAGGUAAAGAGUCUGUAUUUUACGUCGGUAGCUUAAAAUGGUCAUUGCCUGACUAACAAACCUGAGGGCGAGGGCGGGCUCAUUUUACCACCUCUCGCGGACAAAGCGUUUCCGCUCGAGUUACAGCUGUAGUUGAAAAAGUGGAGAAGAGGGCAAGAAAGAGGAAUGAAGGGGGAUGAGGGAAAAGGAAACUUCUUUACCCCUUCCCCUUCCCCUUCUUUCUUUCUUUUUUCUUUUUCGCUCUCGCUCAACUUUCGUAAACAUCUCGAUCAGAAACACUUGUUGUUCAGGCUAAGAGAUAACUGCCGUUAAGACUACCAGGGCGGGACUUUAACCUAGCUCAACCAAAUUGCCUCGCUUUCCAGUUUAUCAAUGAGCUUAAAAAGGCUUUAGUACCUUUUACCUAAUGGUGAUCUAAGAUGUUUUUUUUUUCAAUUUACAGUUGAGUAUGGCAACUUUACCUAUAUGAUGGACAUGUACGAGACGGAUCAGUACGAGACCCCAUACGACAGCUACCCUGUAAACUUGAACCUCAAUGACCCUAUGUACCUGCAGGUGAAAGUCGUGUCCAACGAUUCCCAGUUGGUGAUAAUUCCUGUAAAAUGUUGGGCUACUCCUGAGCCUGACCCAGAGGCUAGCGACUCUUAUACAUUCAUCAAAGACGGGUAAGCACUGCAACCGACUUUCAAGGGUCCUUUUCUUCUCAUCUAGUCUGCUUCGCGGCCGUUCUUUGUGUCGUCGCGCAGCGCUACUUGAGACGACACAGAUUUAAGAAACAAUUUUCCUUACUUUACACUAGAAAACAACAGACUGAAGGACUCUGGUAGUUGGGUGUAACUACGCGAAAGAACGAAGUGGGUAAGGAGAAGAGGAAAGAAGUUACGGAUUGUUGUCACCUGUCUCGUCCCUCCCAUGUCUCCUUCCUGUCUCCUGUGACUCUUGCACUACCAACCGAAAUUAUAUCGCUAGCCCCGCUCUUCCCUCCCCUUUGCCCAUCACAAAGAAAACGCCCGUACGCUUUCUUCAUAGAAGAGGGCUAAGCUUCUGUUUUGUUUGCUUCACGUAGUUGCAACAGUGAUGAUACCCUGGAGUUUGACUACGACCAGAACGCUGUACAGAGAUUCACUUUAGACGCCUUCUACUUCCCUGCAUACACUGGCCCGGAUGAUUUGGUGUAUUUGCACUGUGACGUUCAAUCCUGCCGCAAGAAUGACAGUGACUCGCGCUGUGCAGAGGGAUGUGUGAACAACGAAAUCAUGAAAAGAAAGAGGCGAGACCUGCUAAGUAAUUCUUUACAGCAAACAAUCUCUGUUGGGCCGGUGAUAAGAAAUGAUCAAAGUGAUAAAUUGGAAAGCCGUAAGUAGUAUUUAAAGUUGACACCACCGACACAACGAUACUGACAUCAAGAUAACGUUUUGUGACUAAAAGUAAAGAUAAGGCCCCAGUAGUUCAAACGAUGGAUAGCGCUAUCCACCGGAUUGAUCACUAUCCAGCGGAUAAGUAUUAGGGACACCAAUUGUGCUAUCCACUGAAAUAGAUUUAUCCAGUGGAUAGCGCUAUCCACCGUUUAAACAAGGGGGUCCAGUUUUUCCUCUUUAUGUCGGUAUGUCCGCUACAUGUUUGAACUGUGGUUAUGGCGCUCAUGUGAACUUGCUUUAUACCGUUCGUUUGGUGAUGUCAAACACUGCCUCUGACUCCCAAACCUUGGUCGCGUGUAUCACCUGUGUUUAGCCAGAAGCCCAUGAUACUGGCUCCUAGAUUAGCCCUGGUGAAAAUAAUAUGUCAAACACGACACGCAGUGUUUUCAUUCGAUCUGAAACCACCGCAGGCGACAAACAAGCCGAAGACGACUUGUUUUUAGGUCUACCGACAUCUAAAAUAAACAAUGAUUUUAGUUAUAGUUCAGCUGGUUUUAUGUGAAUCGCCUUAGGGCCGGCGUUUUAAUUUCACGGCUAAAGGAGGUAUGUGGAACGUCUCAGCCGAUCCAAACAAAAUCAGUUCAUGAUCAUGUAUAAGAUAUCGCUUACUUCACACUGACAGCCAAAUAAUCACAUCACACGUAUCUCGCUUGUUAUUAAAAGGUUUGUACAGCAGCACUUAUGUUUAACCUUUGUUUCCUUUUUUUGUCCAGAUAACGCCGCCGAAAGCCAGUCACUACCAGUAUUUGCUAUAGUUGCCGGUGUUUUGGCCCUCGCAGUAGUGGUUCUGGCUGUUGCCUUGGUGAUGUUGUACAAGCGCUACACCAAUACCCACAAUGUCGCAGAGUCUGUUUAA